UGCCAGGGAACUAGCGGUGGGGAGAAAAAAAAGCGAAAUUAUCGCUGAGAGGAGCAGAAAUCCUCCAACUGCCGCGUUGUUUUCAGUGAUGUAGAGAAAAAGGACUGAGUUGCUCUUUAAUAAAACAGCAGGACCCAUGACCCUGACACGAGGUUCCUUCAGCUACUCCAAUGGCGAGGAGUACCACGGCGAAUGGAAAGAAGGUCUGCGUCAUGGCCUGGGACAGCUGACCUUCAGCGACGGGACGUGCUACACCGGACAGUUUGAGAACGGCCUCUUCAACGGCUGCGGGGUGCUGGUCUUCCCCGACAGCUCCAGGUAUGAAGGUGAAUUUGUACAGGGCAAAUUUCAAGGCGCCGGCGUCUUCACUCGCUUCGACGGGAUGAGGUUUGAGGGCGAGUUUAAAGGCGGAUGCGUGGACGGCUACGGAGUGCUGACGUUUUCGGGCGGUGGCGGCGGCCAGGAGGGCCUGUUUGAGACCAACCAGCUGAUGAGGAGGGAGAACAGCCAGGGAGCCGUGCAGAGAGCGCAGGCAGCAGCCGCCAAGGCCCGAGCUCUGGCCAUGUGACCCGGACUACAUCACCCACAGUGCCCCACUUCCAGGAUCCCCCCUCCUCUCGGUUAGAAGGGCUGAUUAUGUUAUUUAUGGAGAGAUUGGUUAUAUUCUUUUCCUUCUCACGUCAGUACGAUUUUGCUCUUUUACAUAUAUUUUAUUUCUCUUUCCUGUAACAUCCAGUAUUAUCUGGGGUAGAAAUCAAUGGCUCCAGUUUCUGUUCUCCAAUUCUCCUUUUUUUGCGUCCGAUUAGAAAGCCACUGAUUCAGGAUCAGCUGAGGCCAAACCCCAGAUGAACUGCUCAGUCAAUACAAUGGUGCUAACCCUGCCUCAGGCUCAGCUCAUCUGACAAAACACAACUCUGGAUUCAAAAGUGCAUAUGGAAAUUCCAGUAAACAUUGAUUUGGUGUUUUUUGGGGGGUUUAAAUGAGAAUACAUUUCGAUUUUCCUUAACCAAUCACUAGAGACCAUCCUACGCGUCUGAAUCUAACGUAAUUUUAUGUCGACACCGAUGCGUAGCCAAGCCAACACGCUGGUUUUACUGGGGUUAAGUGGAGCGGAGCAAAGUAAAAACAAAGGAUACAACGUUGGCCAAUAUUUAGACGGCUUAUCGAGACCGCAGCGAUGUCAUGUCACAAUACAAGACCAAUCAGUCAACUGGGUGGAGUGGGUGGACUCAAAGGUCUGGACCCAGGCAAACAUUAAAGCAAUUUAAAUAAAAAUAAAAAAAUAACUAUAACUCCACAAGUUAAUUCAGAUGUGUGAUUAUGUUUUGUUGCCUGAGAAAGAAGGAUUUGUGGCAGCGUAAUUAAUGUUUACAACCUGAAGGUACAACCUGAAAAUGAGAUGAGCUGCAGAAGAUAGAAAAUAUUAUUUAUAAUAGACUAAAAGUGUCUGACAUGUUAACUUGUGGAGGUCACCAAUUCAAAACGUAAGCUUAAAGCAUUGAUAUAAUAACCCCGCAUAAAAUGAUAGAGUACAGAGUCUGCCAAAAUAAAACAUAAAUAAAUGCUUUGAUGAAUAAAUUACUUUAUAGUUAUUAAAUUUACCAGAAAUGUAAAAAAAAUAAAGAAAUACA